AUGACGGGCGAAGACGAUCAAAAGGAGAGUCAGAAAGACACGAAGGUUGAGAAAGACAAAUCGAAGAAAGCGGAUACGGACGAGGCGGAGUCGGAGGCAUCCAAAGUGCCAAUUACCAUUGAUCCUGAGGUGGGAACGUCUUCUGAACUCUCCCGAAAUGUUCGAACUUCAGGAGGCGAAGGUUCCGAGUGCUGGCGGGAAAUCGGAGCAUAUGGUGGUAAACUUCACCGCCAAACGGAUGGCAUUCAAAGUGCGCUGCGGGAACACUCUUUUUCGUGUGGAGCCGACACACAUGAUCGUGGAGCCAGGGAAGUGCCGGCAGCUGACGAUCACUCGCUCUGCGGGACCCAUGCAAACAGACAAGGCCAUCGUGCAGUACAUCGAGAUCGAGAAAGACUCGCAGGAUCCGAAAGCGGCGUUCAAGGCGGCCGAGGAGGCCAAAGCCAAGAUCCCGCACAUUAGGAUCAAGUUGGUGGUGAGUUGGCAGACACGACGGAUGUUGGAACCGGUGAAUUGCAGGCGGCGGCGACAGGCAGCCGGAAGUUGUCCCGUGAAGUGCUCGACGAGUGA